UUCAGCUUCCGUUGUCUAAGGGCGUUUUUUCAAGCUUAGCAGCAGAGAUUUUUUUGGGUGGUGGCUGCUGUUUUCCAAGUUUGGAAUUUCACGAAGUUAAUACCGAGGACAGUGAUUUAAAGAAUUUUUCAUACUUUACAAACUAUCGCGAAUUAGGCCCUCCAAUCGAGUCUUCAAACCUGUUUUUUCCCCAUCGGGAAAACAAGUUCAAACAACAAAAGAGUGAUUUACCAGCUAACCGAGAAGCUACAAUUGUAGCUAGCCAGUUUGCUAGCUAGUUUAGGGAGGCGUCAGAUGCAGGCCAUCAAGUGUGUUGUGGUGGGGGACGGUGCUGUGGGUAAAACAUGCCUACUCAUCAGCUACACCACCAAUGCAUUCCCUGGUGAAUACAUUCCCACAGUCUUUGACAACUACUCUGCCAAUGUGAUGGUAGAUGGGAAACCAGUGAAUCUGGGUCUCUGGGAUACAGCAGGACAAGAAGACUACGACAGACUCCGACCUCUGUCGUAUCCACAGACGGAUGUGUUUUUGAUCUGCUUCUCUCUCGUGAGUCCCGCCUCGUUUGAAAACGUCCGUGCCAAGUGGUACCCGGAGGUGAGACACCACUGCCCCAACACCCCCAUCAUCCUGGUGGGCACCAAGCUGGAUCUCAGAGACGACAAGGACACCAUAGAAAAGCUGAAGGAGAAGAAACUCACCCCCAUCACCUACCCCCAGGGCCUGGCCAUGGCCAAAGAGAUUGGAGCUGUGAAGUACCUGGAAUGCUCAGCCUUGACACAGCGUGGCCUUAAGACAGUGUUUGAUGAGGCCAUCCGGGCUGUCCUGUGCCCCCCGCCAGUCAAGAAGAAGAAGAGGAAGUGCUCGCUACUCUAAAUGCCACACACAGGAAGUAGGAAGUACGUCUCUGCAGUCUGAGCUCACCUGUAGGUUAGGGGGAGGAUGUAGAUGGUGUGGGAGUGUUUUAGGGGGAAGAGGGAGGAUUCUACAAAAGCAUAUGUAUCAAGAUGUCAUUUUUUCUCUCAUAUUGUAAUUAGUACGUGCUACUUUAAAAUAUGAUUGAUUUUUAUCAUACGAAUCGUAGAAUUAACUCUUCGUCAGCUCUAGGAAGAUGGGGUUUGGGCAAAGCCCUGCUUUUCCCCUACACUAAGAAAUUCCUGCUGCCUUCUAAAAUGUUAACUUAAAAAAAAAGUUCCUGGAAGAUGAUACUAAUUGCUCUUUUCAAUUUCAGUCUUUUCCACUCUUCUUAAGAGUCCAUAUUGUUUGUUUACAGAUUUCAAUUAAUUGUGUAGAAUUGAGGUGUUGCCAAAAUUCAUACCGCACAUAACGGUCACUACUUUCUAGAAGCUUUAUGUACACUUAAUGUAAUUAAUUUCUUGUUGUUAAUUCUUGCGUUUUCUCUAUGUGCAACAGUCAUUUGCUUAAUCUUUAAACAACUGCUUAUAGUUCAAAUAAAUCAGCAAACUCAAAAUAAUUAGUGUUGUGGAAGUAGCUGCUAAAUUCUUAUCAUACUCUAUGCAGAUACCGUGAAUAUAGGCCACAGAUGGAUUUCAUCCACCCUCAAAUAUAUUGUCAAAACAAUGUCAGUAAUGGACGAUAGCGAACACUUUACAUCUACAUGGAUUAAAUUUUUAUUAGUUUAAUCUAAAUAACCACUUCCAGUGCUUGGUGCUCCCGUCUUAAUCUAAGAAAAUAUCCACUAUUUUGCAUUCAGUGAUCUAGACUACAUACCUGUUAGUCUGGAAGACCAAUUAAGAGUGAACCCUCGUGUUGAAUUAAACAACGGCUUCACAAACUGAGUGUUUUUGUAUAUAAACACAAAAUGCAUCCAGUACAAGUAUUGUCAGUCAUGGAAAUGUACUGUGUAAUCCGCCAGCUUCACACUCCAGACACCAGCGUGCGCUGUAACCUUUUUGUUAUAGGCCUUGUUUGUUACACAAUAGAAUCUAGCCACUCGUGUACAACAGUAUAGUUUGGGUGUGAAGAAUAUGGUGUUUGCUUGCUACUCAAAAGGUAGUUGUCGCUGACUUCAAGUUACCAAGUUUUGGUGUCAUUAACAUCAUGAUGCUGUGAAGAUGUUAGUGUGCUUUGUCGUCACAUCUAUUACUGUAUCUCACAGUUGAAUAGCAUUCAAAAAGUUGUAACUGACCAUGCUGUUUUUGUUAUACUGUAGCUUUUAAUUGCUGUAUUAACAAUAUACGGUAGUUCAGAGAUAUACCUACAAGUGACUAUUUUCCAAGUAAUCUCUAUUUUGAUUGAGCAAUGAUCAAUGUGUGUGGGAGAGUGACACUGUUCUACGGUAUUGCCUGUGAUUCAACAGCACAAUGAAUUCAAUGAUAAUCGGUUUCUCUUUCUGGAUAAAUGUGGUUUUAUUAUGACAUGAUAAAGUAGUUAAUCUGCUGAUUAUUUUUUUUAAGCCAAUAAAUUCAUUCAUUUUAAA